AUGGCUCAAAUAAGGCAGCAGGCUUUUCUACGCCUACGCGCACCGUGCGUCGAGCUCAGCUCGACUGCAUUGAAGUUCAAAGCGAAUCAGGUAUCAGCCAAAGCCGUGCUGCUCGCUCUCGAACCGGUCUAUCAGGCAUUGCAAUCCCUCGGCAAUGAAAACUUGCUGGAUGCGAAACUGGCGGAAUAUGCCUUUUUCCCACUGACGCACAUAUUCAACCAGUCGAGACAAUUCCCUUCAUCGGUCCUCGAACUGACGGUUAAAUGCGUUCACAUUCUGGUGUCUCAAGGAUGGCGAGACAAGAUAGCGCCAGAAAUGGGCAAGCAAUUGCUAAUUCUGAUGGGAUUGUUAGUCUCCCCCUCGGCUGGCCAACACAGUGAACCUGCUACGGAUGAGCUUAAGGUAGCGGCUUUUGAUUGUAUGUCGGAUCUUAUCCUACAGUUGAGCAAAUCCGGAGCAGAUGUCCUCGAAGGGCCCGGUGAGAGACGCAUUGUGGACCAACUCGUUUAUCAAUUGCUCGAGUCCAUGGCAGAUGCCCCGUCAGAUAUGGUUCAAAGAAGUGCUGCCCAGGCAUUGUUUCAACUUGUCAACUCCAUCACAGAUCGGCCCUUGCUUGCGAGCCUUCUACCGCGCACUGUGUCUACGCUAGUCAAAGUGUUAAGACCGAGUACUGAAGCUCGUCGAACGAGAAAAGUUCUCGUGGCAUACCUGAAUCUUCUGACAAUCCUUCUGAAAAAGGUCCUUGCCGAUAGUGCUGUGUCCUCCACGAGCAUAGACAUGGUCGGUAGAACAAACGACGAUACUAUCAUUCUUGACGAAGCAUGGCUUGAGGCCACCGUACCGCAGAUUGACAUAGCCUUGGUGCAGGUGAUUAAACUCCGAACGCACGACAGUCCUGAAGUGUCAAAGGCUCUUCUUGAUCUCUGCCUCACCAUUAUCGAAGACUGUCCGCAGACUCUAGCACGAUCGCUGCCUCUGAUUGUGGAGACAUUAGUUGUCCUCUGCAGAUUUUCAGAGUCUUCAGAGGCGAACGCAGCGCUUAGACAUAUCAUGAUAUCAAGGCAAGAUGUCUUGGACGUUUUGAAAGCAAAAUUCUACGAUUGGAGCCAGGCACUACCCCGGGUAAUGCAGGGGAAUGAUGAUAGACCGAAGCAGCAUAUGCUGGACCAAGUCGCGACUUCAUUUCUGGCUUUGACGGACGUAUCAGAUUCGAUGUACGAGCUGAAUGCCGCCAUUGGAUCUAUAUUGGUCGACGGAAUAUCCGCAGCGAUUGCUUCUACAUCAACAAAGUCCAGUUUGGUGAACGAGGCGCCAUAUUCUUCCGGUGCUGAUCUCAUUCCAAAUGCAAGGCAGGCCGAGAGGACUUUUGCGCCGGUAGUGUUGAAUCAUCAGAGCCAGCGAGGUUCUACACAAGCAAUCAACAAGCUUAUCGAAGCUCUCAAAGACCAUCAGUCCGCCAAGGCUGUAACGCGCAGCUUGAUAGAUCAUAUCCAGGAUCCUGACAACAAUCGCAGUCUUUCAGCCACGUGGCUCGCGUUGCGCUUCGUCCAGGGGCGAGCUGGACAGCUCAUCGAUAUGGACGACUUCAUCAUGGGUGAAUCAUCCCCUUCAGAUUUGUCUCUUUCCCGUCCGUUCCUGAUCUCCGACCUCUAUGCAAUGACUUUACCUUGGCUUCUAGAGUCCUCUGAGUCAUACAACAUCGAUAAGGCCGACUGGCGGCUAAUUGCAUUCUCACUCGAAGCUCUCGUCUUGCAAGCAACACAGCUCGGCAGCUCGUACAGACCAGAAUUGGUGGAGACAUUGUUCCCGGUGUUGACUCUGCUCGGAUCUCGAAACCCUAUGCUUCAGCAACACGCAAUGACUACGUUGAAUCUACUAGCCACGGCUUGUGAUUAUGCGUCAGUAUCCGAGCUGCUCAUCGAGAAUGUUGACUACCUCAUUAAUGCUCUCGCCCUACGAUUGAACUUGUUCGAUGUGUCGCGCGAAGGCCUUCAGGUUCUUUCGAUGAUGAUCAGAUUAUGCGGCGCCAAAGUGUUACCUUACCUCGAUGAUCUGAUCGGUAGCAUCUUCGGGGCAUUAGACAACUUUCACGGAUACCCUGCGCUUGUCGAACAGUUGUUCGAGAUCCUAAAGCUGGUAGUGGAGGAGAGCACGAAACAGCCCGAGCUUCUUGCAAUCGAUUCUGGAACUCCUCCUAAGGAUCAGCGAAUAACCCAAUCCAAUACGUCUACAUUUGAGGACAUCAUAAACGACUUACAAGCAAGGAAAGAGCGCAAAAGCAAGACUGACGAUGAGCACGAGCAAAUAACAUCGGCGCCACAUCGGCCAUGGUCAAGUACAAAUACAGACAAUCAUGUAGAGGACGAUGACCCACAGCAUGAAGGCGAGGGCGAGGGCGCAGAAGAGGAGCCACCUGCACCUGCUGACAAGAGCAACGGAGCUGCUGUGUCAAAAGCCCAUCAACUUCUUCUCAAUAUUGGCCAAGCAGCAGGACCGCAUCUCUCGUCUCCUUCGGCAAAGGUACGGCUUACUCUUCUGGCAUUACUCCAAGACUUGUGUCUUCUACUAGAAAAGGAUGAGAAUUCGUUCCUGCCCCUCGUCAAUGCUGUUUGGCCUGCAGUCGUACCCCGACUAGUAUCUAGCAAGGACAAGUCCAUGCAUGAUAUGCCAUACACGAUCCAGGCCGCAGCUGAUACCAUUGCCAUCAUCUGCCAGGCCGCCGGGAAUUUCAUGUCGAGCAGGAUCGACGAGAUAUUCUCAGAUGCUGAGGCACUCUUUCGCCAAACCUACGAGUCUCUAUCUGCAUUGAAGACGGGACGAUUUCCUCACACAGGAGGAAACGUGCAACUGAACAACUCAAUGGUAUCCUCUGAACAAAGUCUCGCCCUGAGAGUCAGCGGCGAGCCGGGGGACGGCGGUGUCUCCAGAUAUUCUGUCGAUACCACUUCGAGAUCUUCAAACGUGCAACUCCUGGGUGCCUUGACUGGGCUAUUUGUCUCCAUCUUGAACAACGUUCGGGUUUCCGACGACAAUGCAGAUAGAGCUUUUACUCUUCUUGCACCACUCCUAGAUUCACGGUUCGGAGAGCAAGUCAGGCCGGCCUUGGUAAACUACAAUGAAGACGCCGUAUGGCUCCUUGAGAGGCAGUCGAAAGACUGA